AUGGACGCGGGGCUGAGGCUCAAGAAACACAUAGCUGAAGCGGCCGCCAGAGGUCUCACGGCGGCCAUGUGCCUGAAAAGACUGAGGGUAGUAUACCCGCCUACGGCCAGACAGCCUUUUCCGGCGACUGUUGCUCUGGCGCAGGGCUCAGAAGAUGAGAAAGCACGAGCCACGACGGGCGCUUUACGGACGGUCUCGGCAGCAGUGAUGGAAGUGGAAAUAUACAGUGAUGUCAAGACGCUACCAAAGACGCAUCCGCUCGCAGCCCUCAAGGUGCCGACGAGUCGGAGGUACAUGUCGCCUUUGAAGAAGUUGACACUCGCAUACGAAGGGAGCGGGAUGGAACGGUUGGAAAUGGUUGAGGCGUAUGCGGUACCGCCAUGGCACAAUCGUGUGUCGCUUGUGUGCGAGGCAGACCGUGACAUGGCGAUAGCAGCAGCGAAGAACGCCAGCAGCAUUGUUGUCGCGACCAGCGCUUCUGACGGAGGAAGCCUCGCGAUCUACAAACUAAUUCCUCGUGGCUGGAAAACAUACGACGUUCGCUUCACUUAA